GCAUAUAUUCUGUGGUUAAAGUCGCUGAACGCCGAACAUGCACGGAUUUGAUGAUUAGAGUGAUAAUAACGUCGUUAACAGAUUUGCAAACAUGCCUAUGAAAGGCAGGUUUCCGAUUCGGAGAACCUUACAGUAUCUCCAAAAGGGUGAAAUCGUCUUUAAAAACAGUGUCAAGAUUAUGACGGUGAAUUACAACACGCAUGGAGAACUCAGCGAUGGAGCAAGAAAGUUCGUGUUUUUCAACGUGCCUCAGAUACAAUACAAAAACCCUUGGCUGCAAGUUGUGAUGUUCAAGAAUAUGACGCCGUCGCCCUUCCUGAAAUUUUACUUGGAUGAUGGGGAACAGGUGCUUGUGGAUGUCGAAGGAAAAGACUCUAAAGAUAUUACCCAUCAUGUCAGGAAGAUUCUUGGAAAAUCAGACGCGGUUCUGCAAGCUGAAGCUCGACAGGAGUCGGCCAACCCAGCUAAUUUUGGCCCAAAGAAGUACUGUUUGAAGGAGAGUAUGAGCGAGGUGGAUGGCCAGGUGCCUCACCCUGGCCUGGUACCUCUGCCCAAAGAGAUGACUGGCAAGUAUCGGGCACAGAUGGCAGCAAAUUCACAAGACUGAGAAGAAUGAAUGAGAUGUAUGAAUGUAUGAGGAUUGAGAACCUGGCCCUGUAAUAUUGUAUUUGUGUACUUUGUAAAAUAAAUGGUCUGAAUAUAA